AUGGGAACGUCGAUGUUGCACUCGGCAAACAUCCAGGCUCUCCUGUCCCUCUUCGUUUUUUGGACCUUCCGCUUUCUAUGGGGAAGACUAAAAUACCAGCAGCGGGAUAUACAGAAGCUCUUAAUUGUUCCUACGAAACGAAGCUGGAUAUGGGGCCAUGAACUUGAAAUUUUCCAACACAAAGCUUGCGAAAUGUACAUUAGGUGGGCUGCCUCUGUAGGCCCUAUAUAUCGCCUGAGAGCGGCAUUUUUCCAACCUGACAUCGUUGUCGUGAAUGAUAUCAUCGCCGUCCAGUACAUCUUUCAAAACGCCUACAGCUAUGUGAAAUCCCCGGCAUACCGCCCAAUCGUGAAACGAAUUCUCGGGAAAGGGAUUGUAUAUGCCGAAGGUGAAGAGCAUAAACACCAACGCAGACUCUUGGCUCCAGCCUUCACGUCCAACGCUGUCAAGGCGAUGUCUGACGACAUAUUUGCUUGCGUAGAUAGGAUGAGCCAAAAACUACGCACUGUGAUUACCAGCAGUAAUUCAACAGAUACCAUCGUCAACAUAGUUCCAUUUGUAACUGCCUGCACUCUGGAUAUCAUCGGGCGGGUCGCCUUUGGGCAUGAUUUUGGUGGAGGUGAGAGCAAGGAAGCCAGAGAAAUUGCCUCCGCCUGGCACGAAGAUGUGCUCAAGAGUGAUACAUUCAGAGGAUUCAUAGCCCUCAGAUUGAUUAACCUUUUUCCGUGGAUUGCUAAAUUGCCCAUCAUCGCUGGGGAGAGCGUAUCCAAGCGCAUUGUUGGCAGACUCGCGGGGGUGCUUCUGCAGGACAGCCAUGUUAUUUCAAAUGCUCAUAGGACAGAUAUACUAUCUCUGCUCAUAAAGGAUAAUCAAAAGAAAGGGAAAUCGGAAGUCGGCCUGACUGAUAUGGAACUUCUCGACAAUGUUACCACUUUGAUGAUGGUCGGACAUGAAACUAGCGCGGCGACACUCGUCUUUACCUUACUUGAACUUGCCCGAAACCCUACGAUCCAGGAGAAUCUCCGUCGGGAGGUGCAGACUAUGGGGCAUCUUAAUUACGACCGUGUUCAACAACUAGAAUAUCUUGACGCCGUGGUAAAAGAAGGACUUCGCUUGCAUCCUGCAGCUUCACUUACAGAACGUGUCGCCCUACAAGACGACGUUAUACCUCUGAGCAACCCUGCCAAAACACAAAAUGGUGAUGAAAUCUCUUCACUGUCUAUCAAAGCAGGCCAGGUAUUUCACAUUCCUUUCACUUCACUGAAUGUCAGCCCGGAAAUUUGGGGUCAAAAUGCGGCUCAAUUCAUACCUGAACGAUGGAUUAAAUCGGGAGGUAUACCUCCCAUUGACAAACUUCCUCGUGGACCCUGGACUGGAAUAUCAACCUUUUGCGAUGGUCCAAGGAGUUGUAUUGGUUAUCGACUUGCGGUUCUAGAGCUCAAGAUAAUAGUUGCUGUUGUUGUACGCUUCUUUGAGCUUCGAGACAGUGGGGCUAGGAUUGAAGAAUAUUCGAGGCCGACAACUUUACAGGCUUUUUCUGAUGGAAGGGCGGCCUCACUACCGCUCAAGCUAUCUCUAGUUUCUAAUGAGCAUUAA